CAGGACACACUUUGCUGCUACCUGAAAGGUGGCCCUCGUUGCUGAUGGCUAACAUCCCAGAAUCCCUGGAAUUCCUGAAGCAAGUUCUUCUACCCAGCAGAGUCUUCUUCCUCAUCCACCUCCUCCUCUUGCCGCAGCCUGGGCAGGUGAACUCAGAGGAGGUAAUGGUGAUAGGCCCGGGGGAACCCAUUCUGGCCCACGUCGGGGAGGAGGUGGAAUUCUCCUGCCACCUGUCCCCGUACCAAGACGCCAAGCACAUGGAGAUCCGCUGGUUCCGGAGCCAGGCCUCGGACGUGGUGCACCUGUAUCCCGAGCCGCAGGAGCUCUGGGCCCAGCAGAUGACCCAGUUCCAGAACCGGACCAGACUCGUCACCGAGGAGAUCGCAGAUGGCAGCGUGAACCUCUACCUGCGUGGCGUCCUUCCUUCCGACGAGGGCCCCUAUGGGUGUAGCUUCCUCUCUGACAGCUUCUCUGGGGAAGCUCUCUGGGAGCUGGAGGUAGCAGGACAUGGCUCAGACCCUCAUAUCUCCCUUGAGGGCUUCAAGGAAGGAGGCAUUCAGCUAAGAUGCAGCUCCAGUGGCUGGUACCCCAAGCCCACGGUUCAGUGGAGUGACCACCAGGGUCAGUGCCUGCCUCCGGAGUCAAAAAUCAUCAUCCAGGAUGCUCAGGGCCUGUUCAGUUUAGAAACGUCCGUGGUUGUCCGAAAGGGAGCCCAUAGCAAUGUGUCCUGCUCCAUCCAGAACCCUCUACUGAUGCAGAAGAAAGAGUUUGUGGUCCAGAUAGCAGAUGUGUUUUUACCUGGCACAUCGCCCUGGAAGAGGGCAUUCCUUGGGACGCUGGUGACACUGCUGCUCCUCGUGGCCCUCCUCACCCUGCUGGCAACGCGCUACUUCCGCAGGCAGCGUCAGUUCCAAGCCAAAGUAAAGAAGCAGGCAGACAAGGAACGAGGAAAGCUGACCGCACAGCUGGAGAAGCUUCAGACAGAGUUGGAAUGGAGAAGAGCUGAAGGCCAAGCUGAGUGGAGAACAGCUCGACAAUAUGCAGUGGACAUCACCUUGGAUCCAGCCACGGCGCACCCCAGCCUGGAGGUGUCUAAGGAUGGCAAGAGUGUGUCCUCCAGCCGCCAGGGGACCCCGAACCCCGGCGUAGCCUGUGAUCCAUCGCGGUUCUCGGAGCAGACGUGCGUGCUGAGCCACGAGCGCUUCCCCUCGGGCCGCCACUACUGGGAGGUGCACGUGGGCAGCCGGAGCCGCUGGUUCCUGGGCGCGUGUCUGGACUCGGUGGCGCGCUCGGGCCACGCGCGCCUGAGCCCCGCGCGUGGCUACUGGGUGAUGGGGCUGUGGAACGGCUGCGAGUACUUCGUCCUGGACCCGCACCGCGUGGCCCUCCCCGUGCGCGUGCCACCCCGGCGGGUGGGCAUCUUCCUGGACUGCGAGGCCGGAAAGCUGUCCUUCUUCAACGUGUCCGACGGCUCCCACCUCUUCACCUUCCACGACACCUUCUCCGGGGCGCUCUGCGCCUACUUCAGGCCCCGAGCCCACGAUGGGGGCGAGCAUCCGGACCCCCUGACCAUCGUGUCCUCCUGGCCAGCUGGAGGGACACGGGCUCCCCAAGAACAGGACAGUGACACCUGGGUGCAGCCCUGUGAGACUCCAGACGCCUCCCUGGGCCUGUGA